AUGGACAGAAGGUGGAUACAGAACCCGAACAGAUGCGCAGACGAAUACUUGGAUGGAAUCGAGGAUUUUAUUGAGUUUGCACUUAGACACAACCCGGGUGUGCAACUAGAAUCCGUUGUCCUUGUAGGAGGUGCAACAACACUAAGGAAUGGAAUGAUUGAGACAUAUAGCAUUUGGAACCUUCACGGGGAACAAUUAGAGCAUGCUUCGUCUUCAAAUGCCACAAGAGUGGACAAUGUUCAACCUAUUGUGGAUGCUAAUGAUCAAGUCAUGGAUAUUAUACAGGAUGUUUUUCCAUUUGCAUCGACCAACAUGAAUCAAGAAGAGCAAGAUGAUGUGCCUACACCAAUAGACAGUGCGGAGUUUGAACAAUAUGAGAAAUUGUUAAAAAAUGCCAACCAAGAGUUUAUACCCGGGGUGCGAGAGCUUUUCCGUUCUCACGGCCAUUGUGGAGCUAAUGCACGGAAAAAUAAAGUAUCGUAUGUCGAACCUAGAAUGCUUCCGACGGACAAUUGUUUGCCGAAAGACCAUAAACAGGCGCAGAAGGUGUUGAAUGGUCUUGGAUUGGGUUAUGAAAAAAUCCAUGCUUGCAAAAACAAUUGCAUGUUAUUCUACAAAGAGCAUGAAUCGUUGGAUACAUGUCCUAUAUGCAAUGAGUCGAGGUUCAAGAUGACAUCUCAGAAUAGGACGACUAAGAUCCCACAAAAAGUCAUGCGUUAUUUGCCCCUGAAACCUAGGUUGCAGCGAUUGUAUAUGUCGACGCAUACUGCCACAGACAUGAGAUGGCAUAAGGAAAACGGGUAG